UUGCCGGGUGGUGCUGUUAUUCAGUAUUCACUGGAGUUGAACUUUCCUCAGAUCAGCAGAGACCCGAGCAUAGGCGAUUAUUGAUCUGCGUUGGACUUCGGAUCAUCAAACACAAGCACAGACUGACUGACGGAAACACGUGAACAACCGAACAUGCACGCAGUCUGGAGAAAAUCCGCCUAAAAAUGCACCAAAGAUGAACCGGAGGGGAUAAAGAUUCGGUUCGGAUUCGGUUCAUGAUGGAGCUCGGAAACGGGUUCACAGCGGAUCCGAAUCGAGGCCGCGGCGGCAGAACAAAAUCUGGCGCCGAUCCGAAUCCGGUCCAUAAAAGGAGAAGCUUCCGGAAAUGUCUGAUCUCCAUCAUCAUCAUCAUCCUCAUCAUCUUCAUCCUGGCAGGAUCUGCAUGUCUCAUUUGGUACUUUCUCGAGUACCGGGUGUGGGUUCUAGAGCCGCGGGUCCUCCAGCAGUACACCUGCAGUGUCUCCAUCCUCAACAAGAACUUCAGCUCCAGUCUGUGGAACCACGAGAGCGCAGAGUUCAGGAGAGAAGCCUCCAUUGUGGAGAACAUGUUUGAGAAGCUGCUGAGAAACUCUGACCUGUCCAGAUUCUUCAACUCCAGCGCCGUCUUCGCCUUCAGUGAGGGCAGUGUUGUGGCUCAUCUGUGGUUGUGUCUGUCGGUCCCUGUGAGUCUGCAUGCAGUGGAUCUGCAGCGCAUCAACAGCAGUGUGUUCAGAGAGCUGCAGCGCUGCAGUGCAGACCAGCACACCAGCACAUAUGAGGGACUGGACCUGCUGCUGUCGUCAUUCAGCAUCACCGAAACCGACAGCAAAGUUCUAGAUCUGUUUCAGGCCACGUUUGACUGCUACCGCUACACAUCAGUGGUGUCGGUGGAUGUGGUUCUGCUGGAGGGCCCGAACCAGCAGCACUCCUCCUGUCUGUGGCACCUGAGGGCCCCAUCCGGCAGGCGUCUGGAGCUGCAGGUGCAGUGGCUGCGGAGCGAGUGCAGAGACCGGCUGAUCAUCUACGACUCCAUCACACCCACAGACACACACCUCAUCACCUCGCUGUACGGCUGCAGUCGGUAUGAGCAGUCGGUGCAGCUGCUGUCGUCUGCUGACUGGAUGACGGUGGUCUGGAAGCAGGGGCUCUACAGCUACAAGGACCCGUUUGCUCUGAGCGCACGGGCAUGGCCAGACCAGGGUAAUCAACUCAGUGUCGUGCUGGAGCAAACUCUCGCUGUUCAGGGUGAUUUACGGACCCCAUUUUACCCCCAUUAUAACACCUCUGACACCAACUGCCACUGGGACUUGUGGGUGCCGUCAGUGGACUAUGGUCUGACUCUGGCGUUUGAAGGCUAUGAGCUGAACCGGGCCAGCUACAGUCAGACGUGCACACAGGGCAGCUGGAGCAUCCAGAGCCGCAGGCUGUGUGGUGUGCGCGGGCUGCAGCCGUAUGCGGAGCGGAUCUUCCUUCUGUCCUCCAGCAUCACGGUCUCUCUGAGCUCUGAGGUUUCACUGACCGGACCCGGAAUACAGAUACACUACAGCAUCUUCAACCAGUCCGAGCCAUGUCCCGGUCAGGCGUUGUGUAUCCUCAACGGUCUGUGUGUUCCAGCGUGUGACGGGAUCACCGACUGCCCGAACGGCUCCGAUGAGAGAAACUGUGUGUGUAUUGCUCAGUUUCAGUGCACAGAGGACAGUCAGUGUGUCGAUUACUAUAAAGUGUGUGACCAGCAUCCAGACUGCAUUGAAGGCAGCGAUGAGGACAACUGCACACAUGGUGUACCAUGCUCUGACAUGACGUAUGUUUGUGGUGAUGGAACGUGUCUGAAGAAGCCGAACCCAGAGUGUGACUUCAUCACCGACUGUCCUGAUGAAUCUGACGAGAAACACUGCGACUGCGGCCUGAGGCCCUUCAGCAGCCGUAUAGUGGGCGGGGCUGAUGCAGUGGAGGGGGAGUGGCCAUGGCAGGCCAGCCUGCAGAUCAGGGGGCGGCACAUAUGUGGAGGGGCGUUAGUCUCCGCCCAGUGGGUGGUGUCUGCAGCUCACUGUUUCCAUGAUGACAGGUAUUCCCCAUCAGUGUGGACAGUGUAUCUGGGUAAGCUGCGUCUGUCCAGCAGUGGUCAGUCAGAGGAGGCGGUGGGCGUCUCGCUCAUUCACCUGCAUCACUACUAUGAUGACGAGACUCAUGAUUACGACGUGGCGCUGCUGCGGCUGGCGCGGCCGGUGUGGGCGGGUACGCUGGCACAGCCUGUGUGUGUGCCGCCCGUCACGCAUCAGCUGGAGCCGGAGCUGCUGUGCUGGGUCACGGGAUGGGGAGCGCUCAGAGAGGGAGGGGCAGUGAGUGACGUCCUGCAGAAGGUGGAUGUUCGUCUGGUCAGUGAAGACGCCUGUGUUCGCUCGUAUGGAUACCUGAUCUCUCCUCGGAUGAUCUGCGCUGGAUACCGCAGCGGAGGGAAAGAUGCCUGUCAGGGUGACUCUGGCGGGCCGCUGGUGUGUCAGGAGCCGUCUGGCCGCUGGUUUCUGGCCGGUGUGGUCAGCUGGGGUCGUGGCUGUGGACGGGCGGAUUAUUACGGCGUUUACACCCGGAUCACUAAACUCAGCGUGUGGAUCAAACGCAUGAUCUCCUCCUGAGAGGCUCCAACACACCACUCUGUGUGCCAGACUCAACGCAGCAGGGUUGCCAAGUUUUCACAACAAGAGACCAACAGCCAAUCAAAAGUAGCCCAAAAACAAGCCCAAUCCCUAAACAAAAACUGUGGCAUUCCCCAAUGGACAAAACACAUGAGUGAACGCGCUGUACAGGGCUUUUCUAUGACUUUACUUAGAGGUGGAGUUGGAGAGCAGGAGGCGAGGGGGGGGCAUGAUUAAACCCACAGAUGACAAAACAACCAGUAUACACAGAUUAAAACUAGCCCAAUUCUACAGGAAAACCACAGCCUUGGCAACACUGCAUGGCAGAUGAAGAUGGAGCUCAUGUGACCAUGCGCAUAUGAAUAUUGAUGAGCACACACUGUUCAUCUGCACAACUGAUUUUGAAUAGCUGAUAAUGCUGGCGGUGCUGUGAGCUCUGGUUAUUCAAGCUUUUCUCAAACUAACUGUUCACAUUGAGUCAACAGUGUGUGCUGAAAAACUUCAUUACCCACGAUGCUGUGUAACUGAUUCCUCCAAUCAGAGAUUUGCAGUGAUCGACGCAUUCUGAAAGAGGUCUUAGCUCCGCCCACUCUCAUAUUGCAUAAUUAAUGAUGUAAUGGAGUCUAUCAAUGCUUUUAAAGUACUGAAAGAAUUGUG